GUUUUUAUCAUGACAGGCCAAAUAUAACAGACCCUGAAAUCACUUGUCAUCCAGUCUUCUUGUUCAUCUCUAGUCGAACGGCGAAAGUAUAUUUAUUUCUGCUAAAAAACCGGUGUGCCUUCUAAAUUUUCCAAAUCAUGGCGUCCGAAGUGUUCCAAUCCGCUUUUGCUUCGAGCUUAGAAUAUACCGCAGAAGAAAAAGAAAAAAUAUCCCAGCUCCGGAACAAUGUUGCCGAUCUUGGUCUACAAGGAGAUCAACUUGAUGAUUCAUUUCUCGUCAAAUGGUUACGAGCAAGGUAUCUCGAUCUUCCCAAGGCAGAAGAGAUGUUACGAAAAUCCAUGAAAUGGCGGAAAGAAAACGAAGUUGACACCAUUUUGGAACGAGAGGGUCACACAAUUCCCCCCGACAUGGUGAAAUUGGGUCCUAUCGCGUUCUGCGGGAUUUCGAAGGAUGGCUACGGCGUGUUCGUUGCCCCCUGGGGGAGACACGACUUACGUUCCCAUAUUGAAAAAUAUGGGACGGAAGAGUGUCUGAAAUAUAAUACGAUAUUUAUGGAAAAAAUGGUCAAAAUUAUGCAAGACGAGGGAGCCAAGGUUGGCAUGAAGGUCACACAAAUGAUCGAAAUUGCUGAUUUUGAAGGAUAUUCAUACCGACAAAUGGCUACGAAGCAAUGUCGCGAAUUCAUGAUUAAAAUGCAAACCUCCAUGGAUGAGAACUACCCAGAAAUACUGCGAUACGCAAUGUUCAUCAAUGUUCCCAAAGUUUUCGCACUCAUUUACAACAUGCUUAAACCCUUCAUGCCUAAAGCGACCCUGGAUAAGAUUGAUAUUUACGGACCAGACAAGGAAAAGUGGGCAGCAGUUGUGAAACAAAAGUUCCCAGUGGAGAGAAUUCCCCCGCACUGGGGAGGCACGCUUCUAGGAGAAGAUGACUAUUGUAGUGGUGACCCCAUUUGGAUUCAAGGCCCGGAUAAUAUGACCGCCUUUAUGAGAGGAUUAACUGAGGAGGACGCCGCCUUUGAGAAGGUGACCAUUGCUGCACGUGAGCGAUACAUUCAAGAAGUCGAAGUCUUAGGGAAGGAUACAAUUAUCGAGUGGAAAUUCAAAUCCGAAGGGCACGAUGUCGGAUUUCAAUUAUUUUAUUCAAAGGAGGCUCGUGCCAAGAAGGAUAAAUCGGUCGAUAUCAUUCCUCUCUCUCGAGUCGAUGCCCACACUCAGGUGCAAGUGGGAUCACACGUUUGUGAAAAUGAGGGAAUUUAUUCCCUCGUUUUUGACAAUGGAUUCAGUCUUAUGAAAGCCAAGACGGUCAUGUAUCAAAUAUCGUUCGUUGAUCCAGCCACCAGUCAAGAUAACCCUGAAGCUUAACAUGAGAAGCUAAUUGAUUACUAAUUGAUUUGAGUAUUAAUUGUAAAAAUCAAUGCAAAAAGUAAAUAAAUAAAUCGUUAUUAUCCGUUUUCAAA